AUGUCUGAUGAGAAGGACUAUGGUCUGAGCGCCACGAGGAGCAUCUCGCAGGACUCCAAGGCCUCGGACGAGGGCAGCGUGCACUCUUAUCACGAUUCCAAUCUGCAGAGGGGUCAAGACAAGUACAGGACGCUCUUUGGCGCCACCGUCGAGGGUCCCAUCAUCCAGCCCGGCGAUGUUGUCUACGAAUCCAAGGUUCAGCUUCUCAACGAGGCCAUCCUCGACGUUGGCAUGGGCCGCUACCAGUGGCUGCUGACCAUCGUCACUGGCCUGGGAUGGUUCCUUGAUAACUUCUGGAUGUUUUCCUUCACCAUCAUCGGCCCGGCCGUGCGCAGCGAGGCCAUGUUCAACACGAGCAACUACCUCUACCUGACGGUGAGCCAAUAUGUUGGUCUCAUUAUUGGUUCCGCCGCCCUGCCCAUGAUGACCGACUUUGUCGGACGCCGGUGGAUCUUCAACCUUACCAUGGCGACCAUGGCCGUCGCGGGCCUCAUCGGUGCCGGCAUGCCCGCCUUCUCGGGCCUGUGCGUCAUCGCCGUCUUCAUGAGCAUCGCCGCGGGCGCCAAUCAGGCCGUCGACAGCGCCAUCUUCAUCGAGUCGGUUCCCGCGUCGCACCAGUACCUGCUCACCAUGCAGGGCAUGUACUCUGGCCUUGGCAAGCUGUGCGCUGCCGCCUUUGCCUGGCCUUUCAUGGCGCACUUCUCGUGCCCCCAGGACGCCGGCCCGGAGCACUGCCACUACGUCAUGAACAUGGGCUGGCGCUACACGUGGUGGACGCUGGGCAGCAUCAGCUUGUUCCUGUGCGCCAUUCGUUUCUGCUUCCACCUGCGUGAGACGCCCAAGUACCUGCUGUCGCGUGGCCGGGACGCCGAGGCGGUCCGGGUCAUGCAGGGCAUCGCGACGUACAACGGCACGCAGACGUGGCUGACGCUGGACCACCUGCACCAGGUGGACCGGGAGCUGCGGGCGGCCGGACACGCGGUUGCUCCCGCAGCCGAGACUACGGGUGGCUUUGCGACGCUGCGCCAGGCGCUGCGCCCGUUCCGCUUUGGCUGGGUCAAGCACAGCUUCGCGACGCAGGAGCUCGGGCUGUCGACGACGGUGCUCAUCUUCAUCUGGGCGCUGGUGGGCAUUGCGCUGCCGCUGCACGACGCGUUCCUAGCGCGGUAUCUGGAGACCAAGGGCAUCAGCUCAAUGGACACGGCAUGGACGCACCGCACGUACAUCCUGCAAGGGCUGUGCGCGAUGCUGGGCCCGGUAGUGGGCGGCCUAGCCAUCGAAACCAAGCUUCUGGGGCGCAAGGGCACGGGCGCGCUGGCCUCGGUGCUGGCCGGCGUGUUCCUGUUCGCGUUCACGGCCGCGCGCUCCCACGCCGCCGUCAUCGCCUUCAGCUGCGUCGCAGCCUUCUUCGUCAACCUCGUCGCGUCGCUGCUGUACGCUUACACGGCCGAGACGUUCGCGACGCCCAUCCGCGGUACGGGGCUCGGUGCUAUCGGCUUCUUCUACCGCGUGUUUGGGCUUGCGGCCGCGAUCGUGAUUGCGCUUACGACGGCCAAAUCGGCGGCCCCGAUCUGGGUUUCUGCUUCCCUGUGGAUUAUUGCGGGCCUGUUUUGGUUGGUGCUGCCGCAUGAGACGAGGGCGCGGACGUCGACUUAG